UUUGUGGGGCCACACCAUACUUUACCAAAAGUACAAAUGGAUCAUACUAUAUACUGUAUAUGAUUGAUACUUAUCCCAUAAACCGAAAAAGGGAGAGACGAAAAUGGAGUUAAGGGAGCUUGGAAGAACAGGACUGAAACUAAGCUUAGUGGGCUUCGGGGCCUCACCUCUCGGCAACGUCUUCGGUUCAGUUUCCGAACAACAAGCUAAUGCCUCUGUUCGUCUCGCCUUUCAAUCCGGCAUCAACUUCUUCGACACUUCUCCCUACUACGGAUCAACACUGUCGGAAAAAGUGCUGGGUAAAGCAUUGAAAGCCCUAAAUGUUCCGAGAAGUGAAUACAUUGUAGCAACCAAGUGUGGACGCUACGAAGAUGGGUUUGAUUUUAGUGCAGAGAGAGUCACGAGAAGUAUAGAUGAGAGCUUGGAAAGGUUGCAGCUUGAUUAUGUUGAUAUUCUUCAAUGCCAUGACAUUGAAUUUGGAUCGUUGGAUCAGAUUGUUAAUGAGACAAUUCCUGCACUUCAGAAACUGAAGGAAGCAGGGAAGACUCGUUUCAUUGGGAUUACGGGACUUCCGUUGGGGAUAUUUACUUAUGUUCUCGAUAGGGUUCCGCCUGGAACAUUGGAUGUUAUACUUUCCUAUUGCCAUCACUCUAUCAAUGAUUCGACCUUGGAGGAUAUAGUGCCCUAUCUGAAGUCCAAAGGGGUCGGUAUCAUCAGUGCUUCCCCGUUGGCGAUGGGUCUUCUCACUGAGGCUGGCCCUCCUGAAUGGCAUCCCGCUUCACCAGAACUUAAGUCUGUUUGUAAAGCUGCUGCUACUUCUUGCAAAGAAAAAGGAAAAAACAUUUCAAAGUUAGCAGUGCAGUACAGCUUGCUAAAUAAAGAAAUCACAUCAGUGCUUGUUGGCAUGAGAUCUGUUGAACAGGUGGAGGAAAAUGUUGCUGCUGCAAAAGAACUAGCAGCUUCUGGAAUCGAUGAAGAGGCUCUGUCAGAAGUUGGAGCCAUUCUAAAGCCUGUCAAAAAUCAGUCGUGGCCUAGUGGAAUCCAGUAGAGUUGACUCCCUUCUUUCUGAUACUGCCUAUCAAGACGUCACACAGUUGUCUCAUUCCAAAUGGUCUGUAUUUCUGUUCAAUAAGAGGAGUUAGAUGCACUAUCCAAAUUAUUUUGGCCUGUCGUCUAUAGAGUGCACGCGAUGAUGUUAUUGUGCAUAUCUCCUCCAGCUACGGAGUAAGGUUAACUAGUAUAUAUGGUAAAUAAAGAACAUCUCGAAACUCUGAUGUUUUGAAUAAAACUAGUCAUUGGUUGGUUCCAUCUGUCUGUAUAAUUUAGAAGCUCCACUGCUGUUGUAACUUGGCAAAAAAAAUUAUAGUUUCCCCCAAUCAUGCUUUUUUUGGAGUUUUAAUCUUUUCUGUCUUUCGAACCUGUAUUUUUAUUUUAAGAAAAAGUUGAUUAUAUUAUGAUAAUUGUGUUAUUUAAAUAAAUGGGAUUUGAGAUA